AAUUAAUCUGGUGUAAUAACGAAUUUCCUACAUAACCUAACAGUGUAGUGCAUAAACAAUGACGACUGAAAAGAAAUUAAAAUCGAGUAUUUAUUCGGAUGUGCGCGGUAUUUGCAAAGAUACCGCACAGAAGUAUGAAAUGGAGUUUGAUCAAAACGCGAUGGAUACAAUCGGGGAAUUAACUUGGAAAAAAUUGUUAUUGUAUACUCAGGAUUUAGAAGCAUUUCAUAAACACGCUAAAAGAUCUGCUGUAACAAUAGAUGAUGUUAAAUUACUUUGUAGGAGAAAUACGUCAUUGAAAGAAUUUAUGGAAAAAGAAUACCCCUCUAAUUCUUCAAAAGAUGGAAGUGGAGCUACUAAAAGAAAGAGAAAAACCUCCAACGUUGUUACACUAGACUAAGUUAUUAUUUGUUAUAACACCUAGUAUUAUAUUUUCUGUUUUGUUAAUAAACACAAUAAUUUCGUACCUGAAA